AGAGGCCAUUUAGGGGACGUCCUGGGGACCUUUUUUUGUCAGCUGGGAUGGGCCGUUGGAGUUUUAUUUCCUUCGAAAUGUUCUAUUUCACAUUGCCUACUGAUAGCAGACUGGUUAAGCUAUCCUCCCUACGGUGAAACUUUCAUGGCUCUCAGGGAAGCUUAAGCUCUUAUUUGGCCCUGACACCCACCUUAUACCAGUGUUUCAUUCACAGUUGAUCUGUCCCAAGUUUAAUCCUACACCUGUAUAAGAGCACAAAACCGAGGUGCAUGUCUGCGGAUUAUUGAGAGAGCUAUAAACCAUGGCAGCUGAAAUAUGGUGCUGGAGGUUUAGAUUCCAGCACAGUUGGGUGAUUAUUCUUUUUUUUUCUGCUGUAACAUAUCCGCUCAUUAGCAGAGCAUAGAGCAGGGAAAUCACUACACAUUACACACUACACACUAAUGCAGCAUUAGCGACACUUCACUGAACUGACUGAAUAAACCACCCCGGGGUCAUAUGAGAUCAUGGAGAGGGAGAGAUGAUCGGACAAACGGGUGAAAAUAAAACCUGGAAGACGAACGAGUGAACGCGAGAAGGUUUCGGCUCGUCCCCCGCCUCCUGACGUCAAGACAACAGCGUGACGUCUGUCUCAAGGGGGCGUGUCCGCGCGCCGGGUAAAGAGCAAAACGCAGCGCACCGACUCGUCCGUUAGUCCUCUACCGCUCUGAAACAAGCUUAGAAGCGGACUACACUCGAGCGACUUCACAUCUUUUCUACGUUUAUAAUAUUUAUUGAUUAUUUAUUUGUGAAUGCGCUGCAUACUCGCUACAAUUCGAGUUUAAGGACACUCGGCAUGUAAUCUUAGGAGCAUACAACAGCAGCAACAUCUGUCUGAAGAGAAGAUACAGCAACAGCGUCUUGAACUUAGAAACUCAACGAGUUCGUGUUUGAGGUCUGUUUUGUCGUCGUCAUGCCCAGCCUGCGUCAGUCAUACACGGUGACAGUGCCUGAGGAGCCGCCGGCCUCCGUUUUCCCCUUCAGCAAAGCGGAGGCGCGCAGGAAAAGCGCGUCCGUGUCGCGCUCCAUGCUGGUCUCCACUUUCGUCGGACUCCUCAUUAACCAGGCGAAGAACUCCAAGAACGCUCAAGGACUUGUGGGUCUAAGGAACCUGGGGAACACUUGCUUCAUGAACUCCAUUCUGCAGUGUCUGAGUAACACGCACGACCUGCGUGACUACUGUCUGCGCAACACACACCGUACCGACCUCAACAACAACUGCAGGGCCAAAGCGGCUCUAAUGGAGGAGUUUGCCAAGCUGACUCAGACACUGUGGACAUCAGCGAGCAACGACGCCAUCAGCCCCUCUGACUUUAAGACUCAGAUUCAGAAGUACGCUCCGCGCUUCAUGGGCUACAAUCAGCAGGAUGCUCAGGAGUUCCUGCGCUUCCUCCUGGACGGGCUCCAUAACGAAGUGAACCGAGGGUCACUGAGGCCCAGAGCGCCCACAGAGGAUGCUUACGACCACCUCUCGGAUGACGAGAAAGCCAAGAGAAUGUGGAACAAGUACCUGGAGAGAGAAGACAGCAAAGUAGUUGAUCUGUUUGUUGGCCAGCUGAAGAGUACACUGACCUGCAGCGAGUGUGGCUUCUGCUCCACUGUAUUCGAUCCGUUCUGGGAUCUGUCUCUACCUAUUGCCAAGAGCUCUGGAGAGGUGAUGCUGAUCGACUGCCUCCGGCUUUUCACCAAGGAAGAUGUACUGGAUGGGAAUGAGAAACCAACAUGCCAAAGGUGUAAAGCCAGGCGGAAAUGCACGAAGAAAUUCACCAUUCAGAAAUUUCCCAAAGUCCUGGUGCUUCAUCUAAAGCGAUUCUCUGAGGCUCGCCUGAAAACCGCCAAACUCUCUACGUUCGUCAACUUUCCCAUCAAAGAGCUGGACCUGUGCGAGUUCGCUUCAGACAACAGCACGCACUCCGUGUAUAACCUGUAUGCAGUGUCUAAUCACACAGGCACCACACUGGGUGGCCAUUACACAGCAUACUGCCGCAACCCUUCCACAGGAGAGUGGUACUCGUACAACGACUCCAGGGUGAGCCCUAUGUCCUCCAGCCAAGUGCGCAGCAGUGAUGCCUACGUGCUGUUCUACGAGCUUGCUAACUCCUCGCGCUUGUGAUCCAGCCUCGUCUCCGGCCUAAAGAAGGAUUCUGGGAUCAACAUGGGGCUAAACGCUGGCCUGGACUUGAGACUAAACCUCAGCAAUAGCUGUGCUUUGAGCCACAACAUGAGAUUGUUUUUAAGACUUCACUUGCCUAGGACAUGAUUUCAGACACAGCCCUAAACAAGCUCUGGUAUAAGGGCUUCCUCAUCCUGUAUUCCACUGGAUGUAGACUGCCGCUGCUAAAGGGAUGGGGAUGAAAACACUCCUUGUAUGAAGAAAGAAAGCAACUGGAACACUACCUCUCACAAUGAGCAGGACCGGGUGUGUGUGUGGGUGUGUGGGUGUGUGUGUGGGUGUGUGUGUGGGUGUGUGUGUGGGUGUGUGUGUGGGUGUGUGUGUGGGUGUGUGUGUGGGUGUGUGUGUGGGUGUGUGUGGGUGUGUGUGUGGGUGUGUGUGUGGGUGUGUGUGAAGACGGAUGUCAAAGAACUAUGCACUGUGUACCUGGAGCUCUUUGUUCCUCUACAGUCAGUCAUCACGACUGCAUUGUGACUAAUUUAUUCUGGUAUUUUAAUGUUUUUCAUUUUGAGACUCUGGAUCUGAUUAUGAGUCACAACAGUGAGUGGUUCAAGUAAAAAUUUAAUUUUCCAGUCUUUAUUUAUUUUAUUUUUUACCCCAAAUGUAAUAUGACAUGCUUGGUAUCUUUAGUUUUGCACAAGCGCUAAUGAAAAUAUGUCUCACCCGAAAUCUUUUUCAUAAAUACAUAUCUGCCCAUAUCUUCAUUUACAGUAUUUGCUUCACACUGCACUGUUCAGCUACACAAUCUAAGUCAAAAGGUGGGCAUUUUAUUAUCAUCAGCAUCUGGCCUAUUCAUAAUGAUUGGGUCUUACUGUAUACUUUAUGAUUUGUAGUUAGAUCAUACUGUGUCCCAAACCAUAUGGAUGAUGGGGUUGUUUGUUUUGUUUUGUUUUUGUAUGCCUGUGUAACUACUGAAGAACUGGAUGUAGUUCUGGGAUAUUUAUGGAAAAGAUUUUUUUUUUUAGAUAGGCAUCCAUUACUUGUUAACUUGCUUUAUAACUCCAGAAGCAAAUGUCAUCAAGCUUUUGGGGAACAUGGAAUGUUUUGUACUCCAUUUUGUUUUGUUUCUUUUUUUUUUUUUUUUUUAACUACUUUUCCAAAACAGAGGAGAUGAGUCGCCCCCUAGUGGAGCUCAUCUUUGCAAUGCUGGUUUUGUUUUAUUUUGUGACCACAGGAUUCACUUUCAUGUGAAAGCAGGUUUUACAGCACAAGGAGCCACCUGGUGUAUCUGUGCGCAUUGUCUGUUUGAGAAAGAGAGAGAGAGAGAGAGAGAGUGUGUGUGUGUGUGUGUGAGAGAGAGAUACAGAUGGUGUGAUAUUUUAUUUAUGAAGUACAGUGUAUGUAUGUAUGUAUGUAUGUAUGUAUGUAAGUGAGUGAGUGAGUGAGUCACAAUCAUGUGACUCACACAGAAUGAGUCCUUCCUGUCCAUGGGGCUCCACAUGUCAAGUAUGUUUGGCUUUUUAAAAGCCAGAUAGAUGUACAUAUGAAUAAAUUAACCAAUUUGACCAAA